GUGUCAUUGUCAUCUAUCAAAUCAAUUCGGUUGUUGACAAGGUGGAAGUUUGAGGUGUUUUAAUUUAGAAUAUAAUUAUUAAAUAGCUUUCCAGACAAAGGUACUUUUAUUAAAACAAGCACAGCACUUAACCCCAAAAUGCCGAAAUACUACUGUGACUAUUGCGAUACUUAUUUGACUCACGAUUCCCCUAGCGUAAGAAAAACCCAUUGUACAGGUAGAAAACACAAAGACAAUGUUAAGUUCUAUUAUCAAAAGUGGAUGGAAGAACAGGCUCAACAUUUAAUCGAUGCCACAACUGCUGCAUUCAAGGCUGGUAAGAUUGCAAACAAUCCGUUUGCUCAACCUGGUAAAGGAGGCGUUGCUAUACCACCACCUGCACAACUGACAAUGGGACAAAGGCCCGGAGGGCCUGGAGGACCUGGAAUGAUGCCUCCUGGUGAUGUGGGCUAUUAUACGGGAUCAAACACCAAAAUUGAUGAUGAUUUAAAGUACAGAUUGUUAAUCUCCUUGGAUGCCAGAAAAGAAGUUUCCCGUAAGUGA